UUAAUAUAUAUGCUGAUUCAAACACACGUUUAUAAAUCAUAGUCGUCUUCUAUUAUUAUCAAAUAAAUAAAAGAGAGCAAAGUUUCUAGCACUAAAAUAAUGACCACCACAGGAAGUUAAUUUGAAACGCGAUUUUUUAUAAGUUAGCAGCUAUAUCAUGCAUAUUCAGAGUUGUUUUGUGAACUUUCAACAUGCUACUAUUAAACUACAAAAAAUGGAAGAUUUUGCAACGAAUAUAAAACUUAUAUUGAGCGUCGAAAGAUUUUCCCGGUUUUUUCCCGAUUCGCCUGUCAAUCCCUAAUCGCCCCAUUUUACCGGUACUUAACUAAACGUGCCAAAGAAACUGAUGAAUAACAUUGUGAUUAGAUAUGUAUUUAUUUCGAAUUUAAACAGUCAAUUAAUUUAACUGACUAAUUUAAUUUAAGCUUAGUACCAAGGGCAAAGCAUAAUAAAAACUUAACGGUAGUGAAUUAGGUUUCUUUCGCUGGCAGAUUAUUUUUUAAACUGGAAUUCAUACCUUGAAACGAAGGUAGUACAAACGGCGAAAUAUAGUGAUACAGUGGUAAUCAGUACCACUCGAAGAAUAAUGGACGAAACAGAUACAACGAAGAUCACAGAAAAUACUUUUGCUAAAAUUUGUGGACUAUGUGAAGAACAGAAAAGCAAGUAUUGUUGCCCAAAAUGUGGUAUAUUAUAUUGUUCGCUCGGUUGUUAUAAAUCAGACAAACAUUUAGAGUGUUCAGAAAAUUUCUAUCGUGACUGGGUUAAUGAAGAACUCUCCUCGCAAAAUGUGGAUGAGGAAUCUAAACGUAAAAUGAUUGAAAUACUAAAAAAAAUGCAAAAUGAAUCUAAUGAUAAUGUUGAUGACUUAGAAAAUGAUGAUCAUAUAGACUCUGAUGAUUACGAUGAAGAAGAUUUACAUGACAGGAUAAAGAAUUUAGACAUCAAUGAUGCAGAUGCCAUUUGGAGUGCCCUAACUGAAGAUGAAAAGAAUGAAUUUGAAGCUUUGAUUAGUCAAGGAGAUGUUGGUUCUAUAUUACCUCAAUGGGAACCCUGGUGGACAAAAAGAACAAAAAGCAAGUUAGUAACAGAAGUAUGUGAUGAUGAACUUGAUAAGAACGUCGACACUUGUCCACAACUGAAAAAUGUUCAAAAACUCACCUCUUUAACGAAAAUUGCACCAUCGACUACCGUGAAAUUCAACAUAAUCAACAUUCUAAGUUCAUAUGCUUUUAUAAUGAGAUAUUUCAAUGGAGAGAUUGAUCCAGUGGAAGCUAUUGUCCAUUUACUAAGUAUAUGUGGGAAUUUAGAAUCAAAUGCUAAUUAUGAUGAUCCUGCCAUAGCUUUGGAAGCUGUCGCACAGAAAUGUUUACAGAAUGAACUUGUACAAACAGACAAACGUAGUACUGAAGUAAUGAAACACGACACAUAUCUCAUACUUCAGGGGCCGAAUGAUGACAAAAAGUCAUUUUACUGUAAAGCUGCACUGUCCCAUCUGUUCGAAAUAUUUACUGAUGCAAAGUCUGCAUUGAAGCACACAAAAAUUGCUGAAACAAAGAAAAAGACAGAAUUUUCUAAGAAGUUUCCAGAACAAAAAAUUUACCAUUUACCAAAAUUAGAUGUGGGUAAAGUGAAGAUGUCUAUGAAGAAGAUAGAAUAUUAUCUAUCUUUCUUGGAGAGUUAUAGCAUGGAACUUUAAUAAAACUUCCACAUAAA